GGUGCGGACGUCUAUUUCAUUGAUGUGUUGACUGCUUCUUUUCCGGUAAAUUUACAUGUCCCGACAGUUCAGUCGAAAGCAGUCAGCAGCCACCUAUCCUGCUAGUGGGUGAUCCGAUCGGGGAUCAGGGAUAGGUUUGGCUGUCUACAAGACAGCUUUCGCCUACCUCAUCUGAAGCGGUUUCUUGGAACCGCACGCUGCGCACGUUCGAUCAACAGUACGACGAUUGGAUGGACGCCAACCGGAUGUGGGGGAAAAAGGCGUUUCGUGGACAACAGGCGGACGCAGGAACCGUUAAAGGAUUAUUUUUGAGAUUAGCAGGUGUGAUUGUUUCAGUGUGGGCGUUAGGUCAUUGUUAG